UCUUUCUGUUUGGGCUCCAGGAUGUCUGAGCUGGAGAAGGCCAUGGUGGCCCUCAUUGACGUCUUCCAUCAAUAUUCCGGAAGGGAGGGUGACAAGCACAAGCUGAAGAAAUCUGAGCUCAAGGAGCUCAUCAGCAAUGAACUCUCCCAUUUUUUAGAGGAAAUCAAAGAGCAGGAGGUUGUGGACAAAGUCAUGGAAACACUGGACAACGAUGGAGAUGGAGAAUGUGACUUCCAGGAAUUUAUGGCUUUUGUUGCCAUGGUUACCACUGCCUGCCACGAGUUCUUUGAACACGAGUGAACGGGAGAAAGCAGGCAGGCUGUCCCUGUAGCAGAGACGGAGGCCACGCGGGAAGCGGAGGGCAGGGCUUGCAGGACAGUAGGAGCUGAGCUUUCCAGCUGCAUUGUCGCUAAUUAGGAAGCUUGACUUGCUUUGUGAAUGAAGAAUUGAAACCUCUUUCCGAGGGCUGUUUUUAACGGCCCCCAUCAUUAGUCCUGUGCUGUUAGGCGUACAUGUUAGCCGACUGGUCCCAGGGACUCGUGGUACUCAACAUUUAGGAAAGUCAGUUCUCAGUCACAAAGCACUGCUAUCCUGGCUGUGUAGACUCCUAACUCAGAAAAACAGACUACCUGUCAAACAUGACUGCGGGCUAAGCUUCCACUACAUUUAAAAAUACAAAUCUUGGUCUACCAUCCUUUGGAAAGGCUGCCCUUCAUUAAGCCUGUUCAUCAUUGGAGCAAAUGAAACCUGAUGUGAUUGGGCCUGACAGUCUGUCCCACCCACCCAAAGCGCACGGUCACAUUCAGUCCCCUUUCUUGCAGUGAGCUGUGAUCACCGAGUCUGUAGUUAAUGCUAAGUCCUAAUGGAAAGUGUGUCCCAUAAAGGAGCAAGUACUGGCAUUGUAGCUGUAAUCGGAGCUGAGAGUCAAACUUCAGUGGGGUUCUCCUGACAGGAUCACACUUGUUGGCUCUGCGGGACGUGUGGCAGAGGGAGCUUGGCCGGAGCCCAUGGCGGGACUCGGCUCUGCCUGGGCGGACAGGAGUGUUCUGCCCUGUCUGCAGAAUGACUGGUUAUGAUGUAAGUGGCUGGACUGUUGGUGAAGGUCAUUCCUGACCUGUCUGUGUGCAGACAGGGUCUGCUUGUGACUGUUGGUAAAGUUGGUGAACUUCAUGAGCGUUACGCUUUCGUAUCCACCAAUUCAAAUAAAUUGUUUCAAAUGGUCAAGUUACAAAUAUUAAAAAAAUCACUUUCGGGAAAAGUCAAA